CGAGCGUGAAUGCGGAGAUCAGCAAUUAAUGGGUGGGAAUCAUUAAAUGAUCGCCUCUCCUCUCCGUCGCGCGACCCUUUUAAGCAGCCGUUCGCAGGGACGCGCAGAGGGGUUGGCUUUCUGUAUUCAUCUCCGUUCCCUCUCCUCCUUCCCCCUUCUCUCUCAACCUUUUCGAGCUCUGUCGUCAUCGUCGUCAUCUUAAAAGCCUUAAAGCUUCCUCCUUUGCCUCUCAGAUUCGGAUAUAAAUAAGUUUUCUCGGUGCCAGAGCGAAAAGGGUGCCCCCCCAAGCCAGCAAUCUUCCUGAGUUCCUUUUGCUCUCUCUCUCUCUCUCUCUCUCUCUAUCUUUCUCCCGUCAACUCGCGCUUCUCCGUCGUCUGAUGCUGCAUUGAAUUCUUCGCCGCUCGUUAAUCUCGCGCGCGCGCGGGCGGCGCGGGGCGGGGCGGGGCGAGCGCGCAGGGAGGUUCUCUCUCUCUCUCUCUCUCAAACGCUCGAGGAUCGAUCGACCAGUCGCGGCGGCGGUUCCCCCCUGUAGCGUCCGUCUCCGCGAUCCGACGGCCCGGAUCUUCUCGUCUGCGAUCGUACGGCCGAGGGAUCCCCUGUCAGCCCGUCCCACCCUCUCUUUUUCUCUCUCUUAUCUCUACGUACUGAGUUGUAUCUUAUCAGCUAUGGAGCCUCAUGAUCAUAGAAGACAAAGGAGACAGAAUAAUCUUUUGCACGCAAAUGGCAAUGGCAAUGUGACUGUUGUCGAUGAAUUUGAUCCUUGGACUGCAUGGGCAUACAAGCCACGGACCAUAUCCCUCUUACUAAUUGGAGCAUGUUUUCUGAUAUGGGCAAGUGGAGCUCUUGAUCCAGAAAGAAGUGAAUCUGGUGAUGUCGUUACAUCUGUGAAAAGGGGGGUGUGGGCCAUGAUUGCAGUGUUUCUGGCUUAUUGCUUGCUGCAAGCCCCAUCCACGGUCCUUAUUAGGCCUCAUCCUGCAAUUUGGCGUCUAGUCCAUGGCAUGGCUGUUAUAUACCUUGUUGCUCUCACAUUCUUGCUUUUUCAGAAGCGUGAUGAUGCUCGACAAUUCAUGAAGUUUCUCCAUCCUGAUCUGGGAGUCGAACUUCCUGAACGAUCAUACGGAGCUGACUGCAGGAUUUAUCUCCCAGAAAAUCCUACGAGCAGGUUUAAGAAUGUUUAUGAUACACUGUUUGAUGAAUUUGUGCUUGCCCACAUCUUUGGCUGGUGGGGAAAAGCGAUAUUGAUUCGUAAUCAGCCACUUCUGUGGCUGCUAUCAGUUGGAUUUGAGUUCAUGGAGCUCACAUUUCGUCACAUGUUACCCAACUUCAAUGAGUGCUGGUGGGACAGCAUUAUUCUGGAUAUAUUCAUAUGCAACUGGUUUGGUAUUUGGGCUGGAAUGCAUACUGUCAGGUAUUUUGAUGGGAAAACAUAUGAGUGGGUUGGUAUAAGUCAACAACCUAAUGUCAUAGGGAAGGUUAAACGGACAUUGGGACAAUUCACCCCAGCUCAGUGGGACAAAGACGAGUGGCACCCCUUGCUUGGUCCAUGGCGUUUCAUUCAAGUCCUUAGUCUUUGUGUUGUCUUCUUGACAGUGGAGCUGAACACAUUCUUUCUCAAGUUCUGUCUGUGGGUUCCUCCAAGGAACCCGGUCAUCGUGUAUAGGUUGAUCCUAUGGUGGCUCAUUGCAAUCCCCACAAUCCGUGAAUACAAUUCAUAUCUCCAGGACAGGAAAAAGGUGAAAAAGGUUGGGGCUUUAGUUUGGCUUUCGCUGGCAAUAUGUAUUGUGGAGCUUCUCAUAUGCAUCAAGUUUGGACAUGGUUUGUAUCCAAACCCGAUGCCUCAGUGGUUGGUAGUCUUCUGGUCUUCUGUUGGUUUGGGCAUCGUAGCAUUUCUCAUUGUCUGGUCGUGGCAGCUACAUAGAAGCAUGCAAAGAAAGAGGCAUUGACUUACGAUUUAUCGGGCAUUGAUUCUUUGAUUUCUUUUUCUUCCUUGUACUGCUGUAUAUGCUUUUAACGUCUUAAAGAAUUGUAAAUGCUUGUUUUGCUAGGCCAGAGAGAAUCAGAGUCCUAGAUAAUAGUCAGUUCGUGUCGUCCUCUUAAGGGACUUUUUUUUAGCAGUUUCGGUCAGAGAGUUGCUUCCAUGUUUUUGCGACAUUCGCCGUACGGUUGGUUUGAUAAUUUUAUGCAGCUUAGCCAUUUGGAAUGUGCUUCACAUGUUUUA